UCUGAAAGAUGGCGCAUGUUUGAUUCGCAACUCGAAAUUAUGAUGUAUGGAAGGUGUAUUUACGCUCGAAAGGCGGGGAAGUGCGUUGAUAACCGGACGGGUGAGGGAGUGAGGGGAUUUCACGCGUGUUCCCCGUGACGUCAGUCCUGGACUUCGGUGGAAAAGUCGGUAAAAUGCUGAGACAUUCCACGACCGUGAGGGCUUAUUUCAAAGCAUCAGGUGAGGGCAAAGAUGAGUGUCAGAUCGCCGCCGACUGGCUGAUGUCCAACACGCACAUGCGCCCGACCAUCGGCAUCGUGUGCGGCUCCGGUUUGGGUGGUCUGGCUGAAAUACUCAAGGAGCGCCAGGUCUUCAAGUACUCCGACAUCCCCAACUUCCCUCAAAGCACAGUGCAUGGUCAUGCUGGUCAGCUGGUUUUUGGAACACUAAAGGGGAAGGCGUGUGUUUGCAUGCAGGGCAGGUUUCACCUGUACGAGGGCUACUCCAUCCAGAAGAUCACGAUGCCCAUGCGUGUCUUCAAGCUGUUGGGCGUGGAGACGGUCAUCCUGACCAACGCGGCUGGAGGGCUCAACCAGGACUACAAGGUGGGCGACGUCAUGAUCCUCAAAGACCACAUCAACAUGCCGGGCUUUGCAGGAGUCAACCCUCUGAUCGGACGCAACAAUGACAAGUUUGGCGUUCGCUUUCCCUGCAUGUCCGACGCCUACGACCGGGAGCUGUGUAAGCUGGCGCACGACGUGGCGGCAGAGCUGGACUUCAGCCACUUUGUGCAUGAGGGGGUCUACUGUGUCUUGGCGGGGCCCUCGUUUGAAACCAUCGCCGAGUGCCGCAUGCUGCUCAAGCUAGGGGCUGACGCUGUGGGCAUGAGCACGGUGCACGAGGUGAUCACGGCCCGCCAUGCCGGUAUGCGCUGCUUCGCCAUGUCGCUCAUCACCAACCGGGCGGUGAUGGACUACGACAGCCAGCAGAAGGCCAACCACGAGGAGGUGCUGGAGACGGGCCGGCAGCGGGCCGUGCAGCUGGAGAAUAUGGUGAGCACCCUGGUGGGCCGACUGGAGGGGGGCUACAAUGACAAGGCAAUGUGAAGACCACCCUCACUUCAUUUUUAAUCAGCUAACACACACACACACACACACACACACACACACACACACCUCUUCCCCAGUAUGGCUGAAACUUUCAAAAAAGUGUGUGUCAUGUUUCACUGCAAAGGCUCUGCUUUCCAAUUUUUAAUUUAGCUUAAAAUGCUGUACUAGUUAUGCAUCAGUCCAAAAUGACUAAAGGUUUUUUUUUUUUUGUUUUUUUACGUCAGCGACCAAUUUUUUAUUUUUUUUUAAUUUUCAGAUGAAGUAAUUUGGUGCAGUGUAAAAAAAAAAAUGUUACAGAAUAUAUAUAGAAAAUAUAUUUAAAUAGAGCAAGCUCUAGUAAAAUGUGAAAAAGAAAUAGAUUUAUAGCACUUACCGGCUUCAAAAGUCUUAUCGCUGAACUGCAAACUCAGCUGGUCUACUUUUUGCAAUAAAAUGCUGAACAAGGA